ACUUCUAUUCGAUUAAAUAAGACCAGGCCAGUCUGGCCAAGGAAGAGAAGCCAUGGCUGUCCAAUAUGAGAAAUAUUGUGGAAUCAUUUAACGUUUCUUUGCUUCUGUACUUGUCCGGCCAAGCCUGGCUUGCUUAGUCACUGGUUGCUGAUUAGAACGAAUGAUUGGGUCAACAGGCAAUCAACAAUCGUCUGUCAAAUGGGUUGGCUCAGGAAAAUGCUGAAAGGUUCUGCUUCCAGCUCCAGGAUACCAUUGGACCGUGAGGAGGAUCGUGACUGGGAGGAGCCUUGUGAUAUAUCGGAUGAAGUAUUGGACGGUGAGAGAGAAGAAACACAUUAUGCAACUACUCUUUCUUCAGCUGAUGAAAAUGAAGCAGAUGAAGACCAACAAUCAGAUGCUAGUCAAUCAGAGACUGAUGAUGGACAAUAUUAUGAAAUCAGCCACUUGGAGGAGGAAGAUGAGGGACUUGCUGAGGCUCUCCAACGAAGUUUAGUUUUCAAUUCAAAUCCUCUGUGCGAACUCGAGAACAUAUUUCCCCCUUUUCCAUUCUCUUUUCAUUCUACGGACAGAUCACGCAAUAAGGAGCUUCAUCGAUCGACAUGUUAUGUUUGUAAGAACCUGAUCCCGGUAGAUUCUUCCGGACAGUUUCAAUAUAGGUCCAAUCGUUUCUGGCAGCAGAAGUAUUGUCCCACGCAUGCACGUGACGGAACUCAUCGUUGUUGCAGUUGUAGGAGAUUGGAGCCGAGGGACACGGCAUUUUCUUCUCUCACUGAUGGUCGGAAGCUGUGUCUGGAUUGCCUUGACUCCUCAAUUAUGAAUACGGAUGAAUGUCAACCCUUAUACCGCGAAGUGUGUGAGUUUUAUGAGAACUUAAACAUGAAGGUGUAUCAGACAAUUCCGUUAUACUUGGUCGAGAGACAAGUCCUCAAUGAAGUUAAGAAAAGCGAAAACAACGGACAUCAUCUGUUUGGAGAGAUAAGAGGAGUCACCAUGACAGAGGGAUGCAGCAUUAAUGCCAUUGUAGAGCAAUCGAGGAUCAGGGACGGCAACGAGACUUAAAUAAAAACUAGGCGAUAUAAACUGGUCGCCUACUCUGAGGUCAUAGGAUCAUCAUUUUGUAUGGUUUCCCAAGAAUUUAACCAUUCUCAGGCUGCUAACUGGAAGGAUCCUCGCUCAUGAAAUGAUGCAUGCGUGGCUCCGACUCGAAGGUUAUCCAUUUAUAAGCCCAGAGGUGGAAGAAGGCCUUUGUGAAGUCAUGGCUCAUAUGUGGUUGGAGUCUCAAAUUUCAUUUAUGUCUACGAGUCAUAACAAUCACUUCGAGAAAAGGCUUGCUGAAUAUCUCAAGUACGAUACUGAGUCACGAACAUCACAUCCUUAUGGAACUGGAUUUCGACGGGCAAAGAGGGUGAUUGGCAUGUAUGGCCUCAAAGGAGCAAUCGAUUACAUCCGUAUGACGGAUACAUUUCCUAGAUGAGUUGUUGUACGAACACGAUAAGGCAUUGGUUCUUUGAAUUCAGGAGUAUGUUCGACACAUGAAGAUCCUGAAGUCAGUGUACACCAAGUUCAUACGUAUCAUCUGCUUAAGUGCAUACGCUUAAAGCAUUGUCUCAAGUGAGUGUUAGCUAGUAUGACAAUUCUACUGUUCCAUAGGAAAAAUACGAGAACAUUGUACCGUGCUUGUAAAAUGUGACAAACUUGGAGAAAAUGAGAUAAGAAGUGCCAUAAUUUUUAUGCGACGCUUA